UGACAUAACCUUGAGCUGGAAUAAAUCAUUUAACUGUGACGUUAUAUCCACACGUUAUGACAUCAUGAAGGUUGUCUAUAACGACAUGCUUCCCAGAGCAACAUAACAAAACAAAGAAGUCUAUGCAAUCUAUUUAUGAAGACGUGUUUAUCGCAACUUUGAUAAUAGAAAAGCAAGGAUGUUAUUCGUUGAGAGCUGUUUUGUAAUGCUGGAAGAUAUAAUGUCGUUCAUACAGACUGUCGCAUGGGAUGCAAUUGAUACCAUCGCGAGUUUGAUGAAGAGUCAACUCUAUACGGAUCUUGUCAGUCUGUUUGGUCGUUUGUCAGCUUGUUUGGCGUCGCUUCUGAAACUCAUACUAUGUGUCCAACGAAAUGCUGCAUACUUGAAAGACUAUCUUAACGAAGGAGUUAUUGACUGUUCCCACGCGGCACCAUCAACGCAAGUGCAAACCGAAGAAACUGGCAAAGAUGACCGUGUGAAGGAACCGACUGUCUUUUGCAAUACGAAUGAGGAAUACUCAGAACGAUCGACAGAAGACAUCGUCGGUGCUGCAAUAGUAAGCCCCUCACUAAAAAAGAGUCGCUCUUUUGAAACGGAGGCAAGAAGCGCCUAUAAAUCACCUGAAAUAAAAAUGGGCACUCGUUCUUUGAGACAAUCACCGACAGAUGUUGAUUUCUUUGACAUCGAUUCUAAUAUCUAUAAUACCAUGCGGCGCCAACGUUUGACCUCUACGCCAAAAAUAAAGCACGGAAUCACUGCGUUGAGGUGUGUAGCAUACGAGGCACCCAUAAUCGACAUCCACGAUUCAAACACAUGGUCAGAGUCUACUCCAAGAGAAAUUGUUGACAUUAACAAUACCGCUAGUAUAACAGAAACAACUCCACGGGGGAUAGAGGAGUCAAACCACGAAAUAAAUAGACUAAAUACAGAACAACGAUCGCCAAAGAAGAAGUCACUUGCGAAACGGAUAAGGAAGCUCUUGACGCCUAAAAUGUUGAUUGCAUUUGGAAGAAACUUUAAAAAUCCGUAUAUCACUCUAGGGAAUAGAUACUGUGCAAUAUUUUCUUGACACAUUUUGUUUUCAUUAUUUAAUGUUGUUAUUUUGAUUUGAAUGUAUACGAGUGUUCACUAAACUGUAAUAAACUGUUUGCAUAAGAA